GGAAGAGAGAGAAAGAAGUGGGAAGGAAGAAAGAAUCGCGGGCAGCCGGGCAACUAAGGCUAACCAUAUUCCAUGGCUGCCCCAAUAACCCAUCACAAAAGGGGGAGGGCUGCCCGUCAAAUACGCCCUCUCUCUUCUUUGACGCAGCUCUCCCUCCCCCAUUAACCCAACCCAUUCUCUUUUCAAUCAGAACUCUGAGAGCAAAAACCAGAACCCAAUCUCUCUCUCCAACCAAAAACCGUUUCUCACUCUCAAAGAAAGGAAUCCUUUUACGAUCUGAGAUCAAGUUUAUCAGAGUCGAGCUUUUCUUCUCCCGCUUUUGUUAGAAUAGCCAGAAAGAUCUGGUUUCAUAGUUUAUAGAGAAUGGAGGAAGGGUUACUGGAUGAUCUGAUAAGGCGAUUAACAGAGAACAGGAAGACGAAGCCCAGCAAGCAGGUAAAGCUCACGGAAUCAGAGAUCAAACAGCUAUGCAUUGUUGCAAAGGAAAUAUUCAUGAGCCAGCCUAAUCUCCUUGAAUUAGAGGCACCCAUCAACAUUUGUGGUGACAUACAUGGGCAAUACCCUGAUCUACUGCGUCUCUUUGAGUAUGGUGGCUUCCCCCCUGACGCCAACUACCUCUUCCUUGGUGACUAUGUCGACAGAGGCAAGCAAAGCAUCGAGACCAUUUGCCUUCUCCUCUCAUACAAAAUCAAAUUCCCGGACAACUUCUUCCUCCUUCGAGGAAACCACGAAUGUGCAUCUAUUAACAGGAUCUAUGGCUUCUAUGACGAGUGCAAGCGCAGGUUCAGUGUGAGACUUUGGAAAGUUUUCACCGAUUGCUUCAAUUGCUUGCCGGUGGCAGCCGUCAUCGAUGAUAAGAUAUUAUGUAUGCAUGGUGGUUUAUCACCGGAGCUGGAGAGCUUGGACCAAAUUAGGAGCAUUGAGAGGCCAGUUGAUGUGCCUGAUCAGGGUUUGCUAUGUGAUUUGCUAUGGGCUGAUCCUGACAGAGAGAUCAAGGGGUGGGGUGAGAAUGAUAGGGGGGUUUCCUACACAUUUGGGGCCGACAAGGUGGCAGAGUUUUUGGAGAAGCAUGAUCUCGACCUCAUAUGCCGAGCUCACCAGGUGGUUGAAGAUGGGUACGAGUUCUUCGCAGAUAGGCGCCUCGUCACCAUAUUCUCAGCACCAAAUUAUUGUGGAGAGUUCAAUAAUGCAGGGGCCAUGAUGCAUGUGGACACAAGCCUCCUAUGCUCCUUUCAAAUCCUCAAGCCCGGAAAGUCCAAGGCUGCAUCCUCUAGUGAAUCCUCAAGGCAAAGCCUUCCCUAAUCAACAAAGCGUGUAGUGGAAAUUGGCAUGUACAGUAUGUACAAUGGAUAACAUUAGCUAUACAUUAUAUUCUAUUGAAAUUCGACCAAAUUGGUCUCAGUUAUUUAUUAAUGUUCCCUCUGGUUAACGUUAAUAAUAAUUAGUUGAUUAUUUGCUUGAUAA